UGUGUUGGUGCGCAGCACCAACUUAGCCACCUUUUCUCCAUUCAUGCAAAUUACUGCUCCAACUCAUACUCGCCGAUUCACUACAGGUGUUCGAUGAAAUGCGCCAAUGGCUAUGGUUCGAUUCGAUUUCGAACGGUCGCAAAAUCAUCAGCAAAUAAAAAUCCGAGCACCAUACCGGAGAAGCCGAAGCUGCCGAUUCAAGGAAAUCGGAUCGAUGAUUCGGAUCUGGAACCGUAUCUUGAUCAGAAUUUGUUUUCCUCCGUUAUGCAUCGUCUUCGGGCGGGGAUUAAACUAGAUGGACUUGGUAUGGAGAUUCUCUCGAUUGCACUUCCUGCAGCUCUGGCCCUUAUAGCUGACCCUAUUACUUCACUUGUUGAUACUGGUUUCGUUGGGCAUAUAGAUCUGCUGAACUGGCUGCAGUUGGUGUGUCGAGUGCUGUUUUCAACAUUGUUUCUAAACUAUUCAAUGUCCCGGUGCUCAAUGUCACAACAUCUUUUGUUGCUGAAGAGCAGGCAUCUGCUUUGAAGGCUGUUGGUGACUGCAGUCAAACUACCAAAGCAGAGCAACAGAACAAGAUAUUUCUUCCGUCAGUAUCAAAUGCUAUCAUGCUUGUCGUUGCCCUUGGCGUUGUAGAAGUUGUUGCGCUCUUCACUAGCUCAAUCUUUUUUAUGAAUACCAUGGGUAUACCUAGGGACGGAUCCAUAAUUUUUUUAUUAUGGGGGCACAAAAUAUAAGCAUGCUAUAAAUAUAAAAUACGUUAAAAAAAUUAUACUACAUAAUAAUUAAAGUCUAUUAAAAUUAAAAAUACGAGUUUCAUUGCCUUAAAUAUUUGCAUGAUCAACAAUCAAUUUUUUUUUUCUCAAUAUAUAUAAUCACACUAUCAAUUAUCCAUUUAUCUCUUAUCUGACUGCGUAGACGAUUCUUUAUGAAAUUCAUUGCAGAAAAUACCCUUUGAAACUAAGUAUAUAUUUAUUGGAGAUUGGAGAUUUAAAACUUUACUUCUUUGUUAUAUAUUUUAAUCAAUUAUAUAUAUAUAUAUAUAUAUAUAUA